AUGCCGCGUGAGAUCAUCAAUGUACAGGCUGGCCAGGCAGGAAACCAAGUCGGGGAGAGUUUCUGGAAACUGCUGCUCGCGGAGCACGGGCUAGACGAGGCUGGGUUCUACAAGGGAAAUGACCCACAGCAGCUAGAUAGGGUUGGAGUAUACUUCACAGAAGUUGACUUACCGGGCGAAUCCACGAAAUAUGUGCCGCGCAGCGUCCAGGUGGAUCUUGAAGAAGGUGUCUGCAAUCACCUUCGUAGCGGUUCGAUAGGAUCGCUCUUCCGUCCAGACACGUUCAUGACUGCCCAGACAAGUGCGGGCAACAACUGGGCGAAGGGCUUCUACACCGAGGGUGCAGAGCUCUUGGAAUCCAUCCUCGAGGUAGUCCGCAAACAAACCGAGGCGUGCGACGCUCUGCAGGGCUUCCAGUUACUCCACUCCCUGGGGGGCGGUACCGGAUCGGGCCUCGGCUCGCUGCUGCUCUCCAAAUUCCGAGAAGAAUUCCCCGAUAGGAUGCUCGCAACGUUUUCCAUUCUACCGUCUCCUAAGGUGUCAGAAACUGUGGUCGAGCCCUACAAUGCUCUUCUCUCGGUACACCAACUUGUUGAGAACAGUGACCUGACUAUCCUCAUUGACAACGAAGCACUGUACAACAUCUGCACUUCGACGCUGAAGAUCAAGGGUCCCGCCUUCGAGGACCUGAAUAUCCUGGUCUCGCAAGUCAUGACCGGUGUCAGCACAAGUUUGCGUUUCCCCGGACAGCUGAACGGCGAUCUUCGGAAGCUUGGCCUGAACCUUGUUCCAUUUCCACGACUUCAUUUCUUGAUACCGAGCUAUGCACCGUUCUAUAAUCCGGCAGACAAGGCGUUCAUCCGCAUGUCAGUACCGGACUUAACUCAAGCUGUGUUCGAUCGCAAGAACUUGCUCGUUGCAUGCGAUCCCAGAUAUGGUCGUUACCUCACCGCUGCUACCAUCUUUCGUGGACAAAUCUCCUCGCGUGAGGCUGAGCACGCUGUUGCCGAGCUGCAGCGCAAGAACUCUGCACAAUUCGUAGAGUGGAUCCCCGACAAUGUCUCUGUGACCCUCUGCACCGUCCCCCCUGUCGGCCAGACGCAAGCGGCGACAUGUCUUGCCAAUUCUACUGCGGUGCAGGAGCUCUUCAAGCGCACUCUAUCGCAAUUCACUGCCAUGUACAAGCGCUCGGCCUUCUUGCAUUGGUAUACCGGAGAGGGCAUGGACACUAUGGAGUUCUCGGAAGCCGAGAGCAACGCCCACGAUCUCGUUUCCGAGUAUCAACAAUACCAGGAAGCGACUGUUGAGGACGAAGAAAUCGAAGAGUACGAAGAAGAGGUUGCGGAGGAAGUCGGAGAAGUCGAGGAAGUUGGAGAAGACGGAGACGAGCAAUGAUGCCGACCAAACCGCGUUCGCCGUUCAUCUAUCUAACCUUGGAAUACCCCAGUGGUUCGCACAAAUCUUUACACUCGCUAAGUUAGAAAAUUCAGCAUUUUACCCAGAUAGCUAAUUCCGUUAUCUCAUACCAACGCUCCUUUCCGCGGACUAACUCCCCCCUACUUACUUACGAUGCUCUGCCCCUCGCUGUCUUUCCACAAGUCGAUCACUUCUUUUAGUUAGAACACGACUCCGAUCAAAAAACGGUUGGAUUAUCAAUGUGCUAGCGUGAUGGGAUCGUCAAUAAUUCUCCCCAGGCUCUUGUCAAAUGACAUAGGGCUGAUCAUGAAGCGCUUGCAUGUAUCAAAAAGCACAUUGUUUCAAAAAGUGCUAUUAACAUAAUGUACAUAUAUUACUAUGUUGCUUUACCACGUCGCGUACUUCAAGAACUUGCCGCUGUAGACCCCAGGUUGUAAGAGACCGGCUAGGAGGACAUAAACAGUACGCACUCGAAUGUAAGAAGGACGCGGUCGCCCUUAGGGUCUUCCUUCUUGUCGAUCUUGACCGUGCAGUCAAUCAUAGAGAUGAUACCAUCGCCGAACUACAAAAUGCCAAAAGGCGUGAGAAGGUUCUCAUAUGGUGAGAACUAGAACCCGCCACAAACCUUCUCAUGGACGACCGCCUAGGGAGUAGAGAGCCAGAUCAGACAUGGUGGGUGAAGCCGCAUGAUCAUGGUAAACUGACCUUGAUGGCGUGUCCAUACACCAACACACCCUGAGAAAAAGUUACGAGUUAGCUCAGGAGGCGUAGUCAUCCACAUGGUGAUAGCACAUGGUACACACCUCGUAUAAACGGUAGAGAACAGGGUCAGUCGGCGGCAUCGGUCCGAGACCGCGACGUGGCCACCAGUUUGGACCGAGCUCAGCCUCAAGCUGCGACUGGUCGAUGUCGAGGACCUUGGAGAGGUUCGCGAUGUCCUCCUUGGUCAAUUUCGCCUGGGGGACGAUCAGACAUGAAGGUGAAGGUGCGAGGCAGGCGGGGUGUAGCGAACCUGCGCGUAGAACGCCGCGGCGACCCAGACCUCGUCACGUCCUAUGGCCUUACCAAUAGCCUCGAAGGACAAACCUGCGCCACUCAUGAGCACUACUCGGACGCGACGAGAGGGAGGCCAGGCAUACCCUUCCUCGCCUUCGCUUCGACGAGCUGGGUGCAAAUCGACGGUAGGCUAGCGUAGGGCUCGGCUUCGGGGUUAACCCUCUGUUCAUGGCUCAACAUCGCUCCAGGAUAGGAACAACAAAGAGACACGCACGAGAGCGGAGGGGUUAGAAGCGUUAGCUGGGGCGGACAUCGUACAGGAGCUGUGGUGGUCGCUGCUCGUGGCAAAGGGGCCGGUGGUGGUAGUAGUAGUGGGCUGGGGAUGGAGAAUGCAAACUGGCGACCCGCACAAUAUAUAGGCCGUGCGCGUGAAUGCGUGAAUAAGACCGGUCUCAUGAGAGGAAUAUACCGAAUCUUUCCCGAUCGGGCUGGAUUAUUCUUUUCAAAGAAAAGAA